AAUAUACAUAUAUAUACGAAUAACAACAACAAAACGACGACGACGAAGACUACGACGACGACAAAGGCGCGAAACUACGACGAUUCUUAAUCUGAAGAACUUGAAAGAGCAUCAGAAUUAGAAGGCAAAGAGUGUGAGAGAAGCAGAUAAACAAAAGCUGAGCAGCAACGAAACCCAACAAAUUGUUGGAUCAAAAUUUAUUUUGCAUUAAAAGACCACGCUUAUACUUAUAAAAGGAAAAAAUACCAUUUGUCUUACGCAUAAGACAACGAAAGGAAAUUAAACCUAGAUGAUUGUAUUAAAAAAAAACAAGCAAACAAAACAAAACAAAAAAACAAGAAUUGUGAUAUGUACAACUUUACUCAAAUAUUGAAAAAACAUAUAUAGAGGCGUUUAUUCCACGUAUUCCGAUCCCUAAGCAGACGGGCACGCGAAUAAUCCAAGUUUUUCAAAACAAAACAAAAAAAAACCAAAGAUUAGGGUUUUUAAUUAGUUUAACCGAUAAGAAGAAGAAAAAUCACUCACAAGCAACAAUGGCAGAGAAAGUGGAAAUCUCACCAGCCACAUUUAAUCAUAAUAACCAACAAAACGAUGCUCGAAAGGUGCGCAAAUCGCCCGAUUAUCAACCCAUUAUACCAGGCGUUAUAUCCAGAGAACGCAGUUUUGUGCGCACCUCCAAUCAACAGAACAUAAACAAAAGGCGCAGUCUAGCGUUCAAUGUGCCUGGAAAUCAAACUGGACAAAUGCGUGGCAAGCCCGCUAUGGAUAUAUAUAGACCACCAAAUGUACGCGGCUGCGAUUUAGCCCUUGGCGGCGAUGGUGCUGAUGGUGUUGGUGAUGUUGGUGGUGGUGGUGGUGGUGUCUGUGGUGGGGGUGUCUCGAACAAACUGAACAUAAAUGCCCAGGAGUUCACAAUGACGAGCAACUCACGUGCGACGCCACCGUCUGAGGCACUUAACAGUAAUCGUUCGUCUCUCAUAUUCCCCAUGGCUGGCGGGCCAACUCUUCUUCAGCAGCAGCAGCAACAGCAAUAUGCAACAGCUGCCUCCAAUGCUGCGAUCCUCAACAGACGCCAGGCGGGCCUAUCUCUGGGCAAUAUGCCAACCUCCUUGAAUAACCUGAAGGGUGUGCAUCAUAGAUCCAUAUUGGUAACACAUCCAAUCAGCCCAAUGGGCGGACAGAUUCCGCUUAUGAACUCACCCUCCAGCGGCAACAUAUUACAUUCGACUAACCGGGUCAAGUUUGCGCCAGAUCCUCGUGGUCAGAAGACAGUGCAACACAACCAGUUUGGAGGCAACAACUACAGCAACGCACAACAGCAAUAUCAAUUGAAUGGCAUUGAUCCGUAUGGAACCCUAAAUGGAACCGCAUUGCAACGAUCCAAGUCACUGUCGUCGGCUGAUGCGCUGACACGCGGCUUGGCCAGCUUGGGCCUGGGCCUGGGAAACGAGGUGGCCGACAUUGGCCAGUUUUCGCCAGAAAUACAGUCACUGAUCGAAACGGCACUGGAGGAUCCAAAUAAACUGAAUUCCCGCUGUCUUAUGGAGCUAACGUCUCAGUUCAUCAAGCGUGCCGUUGAGAGUCGACGUUUUGCUUUGCCCAUUUCACGUCUCUGCCUCAACAUCAUUGCCAAGGAGCAAAAGGAGACGUUUUUGGAGGCGCUGCUCAACACAUGCCGCCAGUGGUAUCAAGAACGUGAAAAGUUGCUGUUUGCCAUUCAGGGCAUGAAGUCGCCAUCGAGGGUGAGGUUCACGGCUUUCAUGGCAUUUCUAACGGAAAUGUUUUGCCAGCUGAAACGCCGCCAGCUGCAGCUGCGCCCCCACAGCGAGGGCACACCCCCACCAUUGGUGCUGCUCAGUUUGCUAUCCAAAUGCUGCGAGGAUUGUGUGCGUCCACCUGUGCGUUCACUAUCCGAGAUUGAGUGCCUGUUUUACGUUUUGACCUGCAUUGGACAGGACAUGGAGCAACAGCUGCCACAGCAAUUGGAGCUGCUCAUGUCCUUGGUGCGCGAUGCGUUUCUCAAUGCUGGCGAUGCUGCGGCAGCUAUUCGCCGCACCCUGCUACAGCUGAUCGAACUGAAGGCAUCCCACUGGCAACUGCCUGGAAAUACGGUGCUUUACUACACCCACACCAACAAUUAGGCGGGAGGAGCAAUUGAUUGAUUCGGGCUUUGCGGGCACCAGCGCAAUUUGUUGCAAUAAGUUAACCAAACAUUAUUAUUGUGGUCGAAUUGCAUUUAGGCCCAGUCCUCAUGUAAAACGCAACUAUUUAUCGUACUCACGCAGUACCAUAGUCCAUAAGCAAUAUUUAUUUUGGAACUAUAGAUAGAUGACUAACCCAGGCUUAACUGUACACAUUUACCAGCUCAACACUUAUCCUAGACCCAUGUGAGAAACACAACCGCACCCGGGGGAGCAGCUCAAUUAACCCGCCUCCUCCUUUCCCCAUCUGGUAGAAUUGAUGAUUCUGAUUAUAUAAGGCUCAAAUUAUACUAUUGUGAACCCAUAUUAUUUACGUGUAAUAAAAACUACGCUAGUCAAAAAAUAA